GUCCAAUACUUAAUAAUUCAAAUGUUCACUACUGAUAAUAUUGUAUUUAUUUCAAAUAAAUAUAUAGUUGAAAAAUUUGAACAAUGUAUUACUGUUGCAUAUGUUAGUGUUCUUGACUCUAAAAACCCUAAUCAUGAAUUUAACCUCACUGAUGGUGUUGCUACUAAGUAUUUAGUGAAUAUUAUUGAUGCUGAUACAGAUAUUAAUUCAUCUCGUAAAAAUGUUCAAUGUCACGAAAAGGCAAAACAAUCAGAUGAUGAUGAGUUAGACAAAGGUGAAAUUUCUCAAGAAGAAAAUGAAGAGCAAGAAGAAAAUUAUUAA